GAAAUACCUAUUGAAGCAGAGAAUAUGAACUGGUUGGUAAGGAGCUUAGUGGGCUAUACACUGAAGCCUAUGGCACUCCGGUCUUUGACUAGAGUCAUCCGUACCAACUGGCAUCAUGUAGAGGACGUGAGGGAGAUCGGGGAGACUAAAGUGUUAGUAACGUUCGACACUGUGGAGCAUGCUGAUGAGGCGUAUACCUUUAAAUUGGAUACUAUGCUGCAAGUUUUUCAUCGGAUCCGGCGAUGGGAUGAGUCGGAACGAUGUGUGUCUCGUAAAGUGUGGUUGGAAUGUUAUGGAAUGCCUCUUCAUGUCUGGUCACUAGAAUCAUUUAAAGCGGUAGGAAGAUUAUGGGGAGAAGUUCUUCACUAUGAUGUUCCAGAAGGAGAAGGGGUUUCUUUUAGGGUGGGAAAAUUUCAAGUUGUUACUGGCGAAAUGGAUGACAUUAGGGAGUAGGUCAAUAUUGCUAUUGGGAAUAAGGAGUUUACUGUGUUUGUUAAAGAGGUGAGGUUGGAGGCUGUUGGGACUAAGGGUUUGUUGGAGAGGAUAACAGACCAGGGUGAGAGGGACGAUGACGGUUACUGUGAAAAUAGACAGGCAAAGACGGUGGUGCAUUGGGAUCCGGCGGCAGACCUGAUAACCGGUAGUUUGCCGGAGGGAGACUGUGGGAAGGAUAGAAUAGUAAUUCCGGAGGUGUUAUUCAAUGAUGUGAACGUUAAGUUUUCGAAUUUCAAAAAUCUUGGUGAUGCAACGGAUUCAGUGAGUUGUACACAGAAUCAAGGUAAGGCAGUUACGGAGGGAUCUGGUAGUGAUGAGGAAGAUUCUGAGAAAACGGUUACACAGGGGAUGUAUACUGAGGAAGGAAGGGAGCCGGGAGUGAAUGUUAUACCAAACGGGUCAUUUAGUUUGGGCCAGCUAUUAUCAAAAGAAAAGGUGUGCUGCAUAGGAGAGCAUGAGUUGGGCCUAAGUCAUCUAAACCCAAUAACUAUGAAGCAGGGAUGUGGGCCAUGCGGUAUUCAGGAUGUGGGAUUGGAUUUGGGGAACGCAAUUGGGCCUGGGAUAGGCUGGCUAGUGGCAAACCGGGUCACUGGAACCCUAACCCAUGUGCAGCGAGAGCGGGCAGGGGUUGAUGGGAGGAGUGCGAUUGAGUCUCUGGCUCCGAUUGGGCGUGAAAUCCGAGUACCGGUGCUCACCUGUGGGAGAAAUGGAGAAGACGACGCAGGGGCAAGGAAGAUGAGUCCGGCUCUGACGCUUGCCGUAUCGGGCGAAGCUGUAGCUGAGCUCCACGGCGUAACAGUACAGGGGUCGGGUGGGGGCAUGGUUGGUGGUUGCGGGACGGUGACAGGGGCAGGGAAGAGCGCGGUCGAUGCAGAAGCAGGGGCUAUUCAUGGAGGUUCUGCUGCAGGGAGUGAGUCGAUGCACGGGGACCGGUUGGGGGUGUCUGAGAAGUUCUUGGAGACAACUCGUGAAGCAAAAAUGGGUAUACAUGGGCUGAAUAUUGAUGAGGGGGAAAUUGGGAAUGGGGUGGUCAUGGAAGCAGAUGAAGGAAAGUCCAGAGAGAGAGAGGACGACAUAAUUUUUAAGGAAGCACAACUCAAGGAAUCGGAGGUUACAUGGAAUCUGGCAGUGGAAUCAAGCGUUGAGUUAUAUGAUGAAGAUGUGGAUAUUAUGAGUAUUUUACAAGCUGAGAAUGCAAAGAUAGCGGAGAAACGGAAGUUGGCGAAACAAAAAGAAAAGGCAAGAAGGAGUCGUCCAAAGAACAAAUGUAAGGUGAGAAAUAAUUUGGUUAAAUGAUUGUGAGUUGUUGGAAUAUUAGGG